GCCAAACCUCGAGUACUUAAGCAUCCCCAAAUCACUUUUCGGACAUCAAUCUGAGUUCGGUCUUCGAUUCGAAAAGAUCUCUCUAAUCCAACAAUCCAACUGCAGCUUUUAUAAGCAACUUCAGUAAAUUUCCGUUGCCAACAUGUUCGUAAAGGUAGCUCUUUUUUGUCUUGUCUCCCUGGCCGCAGCCCAGUAUGGUCCCAAGUACGAUGUUCCUGUUUAUGCUAAGCCCUAUGGAGCAGCUUACGAAGAAAAACCUCAACCGUAUAGCUUUGGUUAUGAUGUGAAGGAUGACUACGGCACCACACUAACCCGCAAAGAAGAAGGUGAUGACUACGGCAACAAGAGGGGAUCUUACGGUUACGUCGAUGCCUAUGGAAUCUACCGCCAAGUUGACUAUGUUGCUGAUGACAAAGGUUUCCGAGCUGCUAUCAAGACCAACGAACCAGGCACUGAAAACCAGAACCCCGCUGAUGUUGAAAUCCAGUCCGAAGCUGCCCCUGUCAAGUACGAUUCAGCUCCAGCCUACGGUAAAGCUGUGUCUGCACCUGCUUAUGCCAGAGCUCCAGUUGCUGCUCCAGCUUAUAGCAGACCGGCUCCCGCUUACAAACCAGCCCCAGCAAUCUAUGCCUCAGGACCUGUCUAUCAGCCUGCUGCACCUGCUGCAGUCUAUCAGCCAGCCGCACCUGCUCCAGUCUAUCAGCCCGCAGCACCCCAGUACAGCGCUCCAGUUUACUCCGCUCCAGCCCCAUCUAAGUUAGAAGCAGUGCGAAGUGGAAGUUACGCCCCAUACUAAAAAUAUUAAAUUAAUUUAAAACAUUAUAAAUUUAUUUAUUACUAUUUCAGCGUUCAAUGUUUUUCGUCAUCUGUAGUUUGUGAAAUUAUUGAGAAACUGUGGUAUUAUGUCAAGUAGUCUUUAAGCAAUAAAGUCUAGCAAUUGUAGCUCUA